AUGCUUGACGAAUUUUCUGUCAAGUUUAAGGAAGACGACAAACAGGAAACACCUGCUGGCAAUAAUUUGCUGGAGGUAGGAAAAGGAAAACUAUUGGAUAAGGAUCAACAGACCGAGUUUCACAGGUUUGUUGCGAAACAUUUGUUUUUGACCAAACGUGCGCGUCUGGAUAUGCAUCCGACGGUGGCAAUUUUGGCGUCACGAGUUCAAAACCCAAAUCAGAGUGAUUGGCAUAAACUCUGGUUUGUCGAUGCGUCUUUUGCGGUUCACCCUGACUUCAAGAGUCACACAGGAGGAGUGAUGACCAUGGGUGGUGGAGCUAUGCAGGCUAUGUCCAAGAAACAGAAGCUAAACAGCCGCAGCAGUACACAUGCGGAACUAAUCGGAGUAGAUGAUGCAAUCACACAAGUCUUGUGGACACGCAUGUUCAUGGAAGAACAAGGCUAUCCGAUUGAGAAGAAUAUCUUGUAUCAAGACAAUAUGAGCUAUAUUCUCCUCGAAAAGAACGGGAGAUCAAGUGCAGGGAAGAGAAGCCGCGCAUUGAACAUCCGUUAUUUCUUUGUAACUGAUCAGGUUGAGAAAGGAAAUCUUACGAUCGAACACAUGCCGACCGAUGACAUGUGGGGGGAUUAUAUGACGAAACCUUUGCAAGGGGAAAAGUUCCGCAAGUUUCGGGCAUUGAUCCAAAGGGAUCAGGAAGAUUAG